AUGAUCACGUCUGACGAGGUUCUUACGCACUACGACCCAAAACUACCGUUGUGUCUAGCUACAGAUGCAUCCCCUUAUGGACUGGGGACAGUAUUGUCACAUAUCAUGCGCGAUGGAACCGAGAGACCUGUCGCGUACGCUUCGCGUUCGUUAUCUUCGGCAGAGAAAAACUAUUCACAAAUAGACAAGGAGGCACUGGAUAUUGUAUGGGGCGUCAAACGUUUUAUUAACACCUACCUGUUUGGCAGACAUUUCAAGCUAAUCACCGACCAUCAACCUCUCAUUUCUGUGUUUAGUCCGAAGAAAGGUAUCUCGAACACGUCAGCUGCAAGGCUGCAAAGGCAAGCCCUUUUCCUUGCAGGCUACGACUACGAAAUCGUGUACAUAAACACCACGAAACAUGGAAACGCCGACGGUUUGUCACGUUUACCGUUGCGCACGUGCAAUGCCGAAAAUUGUCAAGACGACAGUAAGGAUGCCGUCGAUAUCCUUCAAAUGACCCAGUUUGAAAAGGUGCCGAUCAAGCUGGAGAAAAUAAAACUCGAAACACAUCGUGACCCCGUACUAUCACGAGUAUACGAAAACAUGAUGAAGGGAUGGAACGACCAGUGUAGUCUUCAGGAAUUAACCAUGUAUUUUACGCGCCGUUCCGAGAUAACCAUUCACCAGGAAUAUUUGUUAUGGGGAAUAAGGGUUAUCAUUCCAACAUCACUGCGUCGUCGUGUUUUGGACGAGUUACAUCAAGGGCACAUUGGCGUCGUGAAAAUCAAAGCGCUCGCUAGAAGCCAUGUAUGGUGGUCCGGAAUUGACAAAGACAUUGAAACAUUAGUUAAGUCGUGUUCCGGAUGUCAUGAUGUCAAACAUGCACCACCAGCAGCACCCAUUCACCCAUGGGAAUGGCCAUCAAGGCCAUGGGAACGAAUUCACAUCGACUUUGCCGGACCAUUCAUGAACUCUAUGCUUUUCGUGAUCGUGGACGCGUUCUCAAAGUGGCCGGAAAUUAUUCCGAUGAAAACUACUACCGCUUCAAAAACCAUUGACAUACUACGCACCGUGUUCGCCCGAUAUGGACUCCCAAGACAAAUCGUAAGCGACAAUGGCCCGCAAUUUGUGUCGGAUGAAUUCAAACGUUUUGUGAACCAGAAUGGCAUUAAACACACAACGUCUGCACCGUAUCAUCCCAGUACAAACGGUUUAGCCGAACGCUUCGUGCAGUCAUUCAAGAUGGCACUUCGAUCCAGCAAAAAGGAGACUGGUACAAUACAGCACAAACUCAGCAAUUUUCUACUCGCGUACCGAAACGCGCCGCAAAGUACAACCAACGAAACUCCGGCAAAACUGUUCAUCGGACGUAAUCUCGUAUCCCGUCUGGAUCUGAUGAAACCGGAUACUAGGAGGACUGUCGAACAAAAUCAGGCGAAAAUGCGUGAACGCAGACAUACAAAUGUGCGACAAUUUUCACCAGGAGAUCAUGUGUCAAUUCGCGAUUAUCGCCGUGAACGAAAUCCGUGGAUUCCAGGAACUGUAAUCGAACAGACCGGACCUGUCACGUACAAAGUGGCAACAAGCGCUGCACCUGGAGCAACAUGGCGGGGACAUACCGACCAAGUGCGAUCGACCAACGUUCGUGAAACACCACAGGAUAUAAACUGUGACACUCCGUCAAUUUCGUUAUCCGCGCGCACAUCUCCAACAAUAGAAACUAACAUGUCCAAAUCGGUAGAUACGCCAAAACCACCAGAACCGAGGUAUCCAGGGCGCCAAACAAAACCGCCAAAACGUUUUGAUGACUUUGUAACUGUAUAG